GAGAGAGAGAGAGAGAGAGUAAAUGGUGCUCCCUCUCAGAGCUCUGUCUCCGCACUCUGAACAGCUCCUUUCUGAGGGUCGCACCGGACUGCAGAAACCACCCACCUCCAAGCAUCACAGCGCGCUCCCUGCAUCCCUCCCCAGACACAGGUUGCUCCUCGAGGUUUUCCUCAGUCCUACUAUUAUUGCUACUAUUAGAAUCAUCAGUUUUCCCCAGCAGCACCCGCGCGKGGGUGGGCCUCGGUGAUGGAGAGCAGAGAGGAGGUGGUGGUGAGGCUGGCGGAGGCAGCAGAACCGCAGGGGAAGCCGGGCCACAGGGGCUGCCUGAGCCCCGGCGCCGCUGCUGCGCCUUACUCCCGGGAGAGAGCCGAGCUGCUGCUCGUGGAGGAAGAGGAGGCGGAGGAGGAGGCGGCGGAGGAGGGGGGCGCACGCAGGAAGCGCCGAGGCGAGCAGCCGCACAAGAACGGCAGCAGCUCGGACACGGAGUCGGACUUCUACGAGGAAAUUGAUGUGAGCUGCACGCCCGAGAGCAUGGACUACCCGACGGCGAAAGGCCGGAACGAGGACUCCCCGCGUCACCCAGGUGACACCGGAGCCGACCCGGGGAAAACAGUCCCGGGUCAGAGCUCUCACYUGUCCUACGGAGCGGACCAGAUCCGCCGGUACCGAACAGCGUUCACACGGGAGCAGAUCGCCCGGCUGGAGAAGGAGUUUUACCGGGAGAACUACGUGUCCAGGCCGCGGAGGUGUGAGCUGGCGGCUGCUCUAAACCUCCCUGAAACCACCAUCAAGGUGUGGUUCCAGAACCGCAGGAUGAAAGACAAACGCCAGCGCCUGGCCAUGACGUGGCCUCACCCCGCCGACCCGGCCUUCUACACCUACAUGAUGAGCCACGCCGCCGCCACGGGGAACCUGCCUUACCCCUUCCCGUCCCACCUCCCCUUACCUUACUACUCCCCCCUGGGGGUCGGGACGGCCACCGCUCCGGCCGCCGCCCCUUUCUCGAACCCUCUGCGCUCCCUGGACAGCUUCCGGGUCCUGUCCCAUCCCUACCAGAGGCCAGAGCUCCUGUGCGCCUUCAGGCACCCUUCGGUCUACCCAACUCACGGCCUCGGUCCAGGGGGGAGUCCCUGCUCCUGCUUGGCCUGCCACUCGGCUCAGUCCAACGGCAUCCCCACCAGACCCUCCGGGUCGGACUUCUCUUGCUCCCCAACAAGCAGAACGGACGCUUUUGUCACUUUUACGCCAUCAGUGCUCAGCAAAUCCUCCUCUGUGACACUAGACCAGAGAGAAGAAGUGCCUCUCACCAGAUAAAACAAAACAAAAGCUCAAAAUCAGCCUCUGUCACAUCAGCUUAUAAAAGGUAGAAAAAAAGACGCAGAACAGAACCGCCUUAAAUAUUCAAACAUGGCCGCAUGAAGCCAAACCCGGAUCGGAUUUUUGUAUCAUAUUAAUUUAAUGUUUCAUAUUUUAUUACUAUUAUUAUUAUUACUUUUUUCGUUUCUAAAUUCACCUCCAUGUGAGAGGAUGAUGCUUUCCAUAUCUCCCCCUAACAAGGGCAUUUCUUUCUUUUCCUGUUUUUUUUUUCUCUUUCUUUUUUUGAACAGAAUGUGGCCGUCUCAUUAACUCCCCCCCACAUACAGGAGUUAAAAAAAAGAGCAGAAAUGUGCACAUAUAAGGGGAAAUUAGUAAAGUGAUGUAUAUGUAGAGCCGGCGCGUUUUGAGGGCUGAAUUAAUGAUAAUACCAGGAAGGGAUCGUUGCUGCCAAAAGGUAACAAGGCGCCAAGGGAACGGAUUACAGCCCUGUAGGUUUUUUUUUUUUUUUUUUUGGGGAGGGGGCCAUGGGGAACAGAGAGGGGACAAUCAGAAUAAAAGAAAAGGACAUCACUUCUUGUUGCAGUUCCACCCAUGUUGUUGUAGAUCAGAUAAAAAUGUGAUUAAAUUGC